AUGAUUAAUACUUCUCCUGAUAAAUAGUGCAAAAGAUAUUAACCAAUAUAGUCUCGCUACAUAGAAUAGGUUUAACCUGAUGAAACUGUUUCUUCUAAUAAUGACUUAGAUUAAAAUGAUUAGUAGAUCAGACUAAGAAUUCAAAGGACUUUGCGUAAGAAAGGAUCUAUUAGAAUUCGCAAUCUAGAUAUUGAUAGUGAUAUUAUAAAAGAAGACAUAAGUGAAGAAAAUAAAAGUGAUCAAGAAUCAGAUGGUGGCUACAUGAAUAAUAGAAAUAUGCAAGUAGCAUUCACUCCAAAUAAUGAGGAAGAAGCUUAAAAUCCCUUUAAAGCUUAAGGACAUCAAUAUUCUGCUAGUUUAUGGAGAGUAAAUAAUAUUGGAAGUUAACAAUUUGAUCAAUAAUAAAAUGGUACUCCAAAAUAACCAAAAGAUCAUGAUUCUCAAAAAGCCGAAAUUACAAUAAAGUCAUAUAAAAAUUUGAAUAGUGCUAAUAGUUUAUAUUCUCCUUAAAAAGGUUCAUAAAUGUUAAUCUAAUCAGAAGACACUAUUUACUAGAAUUUUAAUAUAUUUUAGACACUUAUUCUUUAUCAUAUUUUCAGUUUUAUGAGAGAGAUGAAAAGAUUGUUAUAAACUUCUGUACAAAAAAUUAAUUUUAACCAUCUCCCAAAAUAAGCAGUAAAUGACUCUAUUUAAUUCAAUCUAAAAAUCCUAUAUCAGCAAAUCAAAAAUAAUGUAUAUUUCAUAAUUAUAUUAUAAUUAGGAGUAUUCAAAUUUGACUGCUCUCACUCUAUUCAAAAUAUUUUUCUGGAGAAUCAAUAAAUUAGUGACACUCUUAAUAAUAUUUCUAGCCAUGACAGAAACAUAUUCAAGAUUUGUGAUGGCUAUUCUUACUGAGACUUUAAUUUCAGCAGUUGAAGAUAAUAAAAUAGGAGAUGCAUAUAUACAAGCAUGUGCUCUUGCUUUACUAUCAUUAUUAGCAUUGAUGAGUAAACAUUUUUAAUAGUAUAUGAAUCCUAUUAAUUUUUAGAUAUAUGAUCAGUAAUGCUGCAACUAAAAUUCGAAUGAUUCUAAUUAAUCUAAUUUAUGAUAGAAUCAUAGAAUUACAUUCAUCUUAGAUUUCCCAAUUGAACAUUGGCAAAAUUAUGAAUCUAGUCAGUAGUGAUUUCAAUGUGAUUGAGUAUCAGCUUAGCUAUGUCUAUCAAAUUGCAGUAAUACCAGGCUCAUUGCUUCUAACAUCUAUCAUCUUAUGGGUAUCAAAGGUUUAAAGUUUAGUUAAGGUUUGAUGGUCCAAUAGGAUUAAUUGCAAUUAUCUUUUGUGCCAUACUUUAUCCAUUAUAAAUUUUGAUUCAAAAAGCUAAUAAGGCCAUAUUACUGAAAACAAGAAAAUUGUAAGAUCAAAGAAUCUAAGUAUUUUUAAUCUAUUUAUAAAGCAAACUAAUACAGUAAUUGAAGGGAUUAAGUAUAUAAAAAUGUAUGUUUGGGAAUCUACUUUUGAGAAAAAGAUUAACUAAUUAAGAAGUAAGGAAUUCUUAUACUAUCUUAAUAUCCAUAUUUUGAAUUUAAUAGAUAGAUCUUUUAAUUUUAGUGUUCAUAUUUGGGGUUCUUUUUGUUUCAUUUUAUUUUUAUAUUACUAUAACAUCCCUCUCAGUAUUUCAUCUAUUAUGGGAACCAUAUAACUAAUGUCAAUGAUUAAAUACUAUUGUAUAUUCUAAGUAUCCUAUGCUUUUUAAGCUUUAAUGAAUUUCAGUGUCAUAUUCUAAAGAGUUUCAGAAAUUCUCAAAUAAUAAAAUAACACCCUUACUACAAUUGAUCUUUAUAAUAAAACAACAUUUACUGCUUAUGACCUUCAACAUUAACCUAUUCAAUAAUUACUAUAAGAAAGAACAAGAGGAUUAAAUCGUAAAGGAAGUCUGAAUCUCUAAUCUGCAACUCUCCUCACUUUUUUUUAGUAUUAUGGUAGAUGGCAUAAGGAUGGAAUUCCAGCAAUUAGUGGAAUCAAUUUGGAUAUCAAAUCUGGAGAGAUAGUGGCUGUUAUAGGGAAGGUAGGAUCUGGAAAAUCUACCCUACUUUCAGCUAUACUAUAAGAUAUUCCUUUUUAUGAAGGAAUGAUAAAUCAGUAAAGAAAGCUAAAAUUAGCAUAUGUAGAAUAAGACCCUUUUAUCUAUACUGGAUCAAUACGUGAAAACAUAUUGUUUGGAAAGGAUUAUGAUUAUACUCUGUACUUAAAGGUAUUAGAGGUUAGUUGUCUCGAUUAAGAUAUUCUUGCAUUUAAGUAAGGUGACAAAACGGAAAUUGGAGAAAAAGGAGCUAAUCUCUCUGGUGGUUAAAGAGCUAGAUUAAGUUUGGCUAGAGCCUUAUAUUCAAUGGCAGAUUUGUAUUUGUUUGAUGAUCCUUUAUCUGCUGUUGAUUCAAAGGUGGCAGGUAAAAUCUUCGAUAAUGCAAUUAAAGAUUUCAUUUUUAAAUUUCAACCUAAUUAUAGACCAUCUUUAAUUAGAUCACAUUAAGCUUUUAUUUCUUAAAUUCCAUCUGUUAUUUUAGCUACUCAUUAGAUUUCAUUUGCUUUAGAAUGUGAUUAUGUAAUUAUAUUGGAUUUAGGUAAAAUAAUACAUUAGGGACCUAAAAAUAAAAUUAAAAAAUAUAUUUUAGAAUAAUCAAAUAUUUAAUCUAGUAAUAAAAACAUAGAGAAUCCAUAAUUAAUAAGAUAACUAAAAAUAAGAAGGCCAAGUAGAUUAACAAGUAAAGUUGUUAAUUAAAUGACAAAAACAAAUAAAGAAGAAACUCCUUCACUUUAUGUAGCUGAAGAUUAAAAUUAAUAAGAUGCUUCAACAUCUACUUAUAGAAGAUAUUUCAGUUAUUGGAAACCUUGUCUUUUGAUUGUAAUCAUAUUAUGCCAAAAUGUAGCAAGUGAAAUUAUUAAUAAUUAUUAUUAUAAGGAAAUGGCAUCAUUUAAAUAGGAUUAAUAUUAAAAUAAUGAUGUUGUAUUUAAAAAUGCAAGUAUUCUUGUGAUAGGAGCAUAUGUAAAUAAUGUUAUUAAAUAUUUUCUAAAUAUAUUUGGUGUUCUUACAUCUAAUAAUAUCAUUCAUAAUAAAAUGUUGAAAAGAUUAAUACGAUCUCCAAUAGAAUAUUUUGAUACAAAUCCUUCUGGAAGAUUAAUUAAUAGAUUUUCAACAGAUUUAUCUUUGGCUGACUCAUAAAUAUAAUAAACUAUAACUGAUAUUUUUGAAUAAGGUGCUUAAUUCCUUGUUUCUUUGAUAACAAUAGCAAUAUUGUAACCAUACUUUACAUUUCCAGCUUUGUUUACUGUAGCAAGUACUAUAGCAAUAUUUAGAGCAACAAGAAUUGUAAUAUCAUAAUUAAAGAUUUGUGAUUUAAUAUCUAGAUCACCUCUUUUUGAUUAAUUUAAAAUAUCUGUUUAUGGUGUUACUUAGAUAAGAAUUAAUGAAAAUUAUUCUUGGAUUAAAGAAAAAUUUUUAAAAUUAUCAAAUUAAUCUAUGUAAGCAAAUUUAAUAUUUUUAUAUUCUUAAAGAUGCUUUGGUUUUUAUAUUGAUUUAUUUGGUUAAUUUGCUAAUAUAGCAGGAAUAUUUUUAAUUAUAGCUAUGGUUGAUGAUCCAACUAUUUUUUCUUAAGCUUUACUCUUAUUAUCAACUUUCAAUACACAAGCAGGUACACUUAGAUAAUUCAUGGCUUUUGAUUCUAUGAUGAAUAGUAUAAAUAGAAUGUUUGAAAUUUGUGAUAUUGAAAUAGAAGAUUAAAAUAAACAAUUAUGCGAUUUGGAAGUCUAAAUAUGGCCUAGAUUAGGAACAAUUUAAUUUUAGAAUGUAGAAAUGUAAUAUAGAAAGAAUACUCCAUUUGUAUUGAAAGGCAUGAAUUUUAGUAUAAAGGAUAAGGAGAAAAUAGGAGUAGUUGGUAGAACUGGAUCUGGAAAGUCUUCUAUUAUUUAAAGUCUAUUUAGAUUGACAGAUAUUGAAGAAGAAGGGUAUAUAUUAUAGAUCUAUAUAAAUUAGUAUAAUUAGUAUUGAUGGUUAAGAUAUUAAAAAGAUUGCUCUUAGUAAAUUAAGAUAAGAAAUAAGUAUUAUUCCUUAAGUACCAUUUAUUUUUAAAGGAACUUUAAGAGAAAAUCUAGAUCCUUUAAAUAAAUUUGAUGACAUAAAGAUUUUAAAUACCUUAGCAGAAACAGGAUUAGAAAGCUUUUUAUAAUUAUUACCAGAUGGAUUAAAUCAUUUAAUGGAUCCAGAUUUAUUUUCAAUAGGAUAAAAAUAACUUAUUUGUUUAAGUAGAGUGUUAUUGAAUAAAAAAAAGAUUCUUGUAUUAGAUGAAGCUACUGCUAAUGUUGAUAUGAUUACAGAUUGUGUUAUUUAAUAAAUUAUCAAAGAAAAGUUUAAUGAUUGUACUAUUCUUACAAUUGCUCAUAGAUUGAAUACAAUAGCAGAUUAUGAUCGUAUUUUUGUUUUAGAAGAUGGUAAGGUAUUGGAAUAAGGACAUCCAUAUGAAUUAUUAGUCUAAAAUCCAAAGAUUUCAACUUAUAUUAAUAGUGAUUCAACAUUUGCUAAAAUGGUUUUAUAGACUGGAAGUAAAAAUAGUAGUUAAAUAUAUGGAAUUGCAAGAAAAUGUUAUUAAAAAAAUCAUGAUAUUGGUAGUAGAAGUAAUUGUAAUAGUAAAAUAUUUGAUGUAUCUCCUAGUAGUAUAAAUGAAUUUAACUUUUGA